AUGCCCACCAUCCUCAUCAUCGGAACGUGCGACACCAAGCUCGAACCGCUCCUCUUUUUGAGGGAAUCAAUCAUCUCCUUCCCCUUACCUAUUCCCGACCUUGAGGUCAUCCUCCUAGACGUGGGUCGAAACCCGGUCGAGCACGAAGCUAUUUCCAUAUCUCAAGAGGACCUGCUGGUGGAUUGCACUGAUAUUUCCAACCUCGACCGGGGUAAAUUCGUCGAGGUAAUCUCCCGCCAGGCAACGAAAGUUGUGGAAGGGCUUUUGAGGUCGUCAAAGGGGCUGCAUGGGGUCAUCUCUUUGGGGGGGUCAUCGGGGACGGUGCUUGCAGCGGGGAUUAUGAAGGGUUUGCCGUGGGGUUUGCCAAAGGUCAUCGUUAGUACUGUUGCUAGUGGGGAUACGGGGGGGUAUGUAGGGGAGAGUGAUAUUGGGAUGGUGAACUCGGUGGUUGAUAUUGCUGGGAUCAAUGGGUUGUUGGGGGAGGUGAUUGGGAAUGCGGCGGGCGGGAUUGUUGGUUCUGCAGUAGUGUUUGAACAUAGAAAGCACGGGGAGAGGGGAAGGGGACAAGAGAGGAAGAAAAGGUUGGGGGUCACGAUGUUUGGGGUUACUACUCCUGCUGUUGACACAGUUCGUGAAUGUUUCAAGGAGUGGUAUGGGGACGAUGUGGAGGUGUAUGUUUUUCAUGCUACUGGUCAUGGGGGGAAGACGAUGGAGAAGAUGGUGAGGGAAGAGGAGUUGGAUGCCGUGUUGGAUUUGACCACAACGGAGGUGGCAGAUUUUGUGGUGGGGGGUGUGAUGAGUGCUGGGGAGGAGAGGAUGACGGCGGCGGUUGAGAGGGGGAUUCCAUAUUUGGUUUCGUUGGGGGCAACGGAUAUGGUUAACUUUGGGGCGAGGGAAACGGUGCCGGAGCGGUUCAAAGACAGAAAUUUGGUGGAGCAUAAUGCUGCUGUUACUGUCAUGAGGACGAACAAGGAGGAAGCGAGGGACAUUGGGAGGUUUAUGGUGGAGAGGUUGAAAAAUGCUAUGAGGCCGGAGGUAGUCAGAGUGGUGAUUCCGAGGGGUGGGACAAGCUUGCUUUCGAAAUGUGGUGAGCAGUUUGAGGAUAAGCAGGUUGACGAGGUAUUGUUUGAUGUGUUGCAGGAGGGCUUAAAGGGGAGUGGGAUUGAGGUGGUGGAGGACAAAAGAGAUAUUAACGAUGAGGGUUUGUCGAGGAUGAUUGCUGGGUUAAUGGGGCUAUUGAUGGCUUAG